AUGGCUACCACUUCAGCUAUGUGGUCCUCUGAGCGGGUGAUUCAGAAGAAGCCUUCGGGUGUCUAUGAGGUAGGUGCAUAUUCAGCCAUAUCUGUGAAGAUUGACUCGUUGUUUCACAAGUAUAUGGAAGCCAACAACCAGUUUAUGCGAAGGACAAAAGCAACUCUUCAAGACCAAAGUGCAGCGAUCAAGAAUUUGGAGACACAAAUGGGACAGAUGGCAAUCUCUAUGACGGGUAGAGCACCAGGAAAUCUACCUAGCAAUACUGAAAUCAAUCCCAAAGAGCAAGCUAAGGCUAUUACAACUCGAAGUGGAGGGCAAUUACUGGAAAUCCAUGUCAAGAGACCAGGUGUGACUGUAGAGACAUCCUUCCCUGCUGAAGAUGAGACUGCUGUAAAGGAAUCAACUCCAGGGGAAAAUUCAGAAAAAUCACAUGAUAAGGCCAAGGUUACAGUCAGCCCAUACGAGCCUCCAAUUCCCUUUCCACGGCGGUUGAAGAAGCAUAAAAUGGAGCAACAGUACAAGAAAUUUCUAGAAGCCUUCAAAAAGCUCCAUAUCAACAUCCCACUAGCCGAUGCACUAUUACAAAUGCCCAGCUAUGCAAAAUUUCUAAAAGACAUAUUAUCAAAUAAACGCAAGCUGGAGGAUCAUGAAACAAUAAUGCUAACCGAAGAGUGCAUCGCAAGAAUUCAGAAAAAGCUUCCACCAAAAUCGAAAGAUCCAGGGAGUUUCACUGUCCCGUGCACAAUUGAUGAUUUUUAUUUUAAUAAAGCAUUGUGUGAUCUUGGUGUGAGUAUUAAUCUUACGCCUUUAUCUAUUUUCAAGAAACUAGGAUUGGGAGAGCCUAAAGCAACUACAGUAACUCUACAGUUGGCUGAUCGAUCACUUACACAUCCACGAGGGAUUAUCGAAGAUGUAUUGGGCAAAGUGGAUAAACUUAUAUUCCCAGCAGACUUCUUAAUCCUGGACAUGGAAGAAGACAAGGACGUACCUAUCAUAUUGGGACGACCAUUUUUGGCUACUGCAAGAGCGCUCAUAGAUGUACAACAAGGACAAUUGACAUUGAGGCUGGGAGAGGAGAAAGUCUCUUUCAAUGUUUUCAAGGCAAUGAAAUAUCCCACCGAGCCAGACACCUGUUGCCAGAUUGGGGUGAUUGACAUAGGAAUCCCCUACAAUUUUGAGUUGAAGAAACCGCCAGACAUUCAAGAGGUCAGUAUGAUGCACCCUCAAUCCACUCUCACUGACUCAAAGGAGAUCGAGAUAUGCAUUGUGGAGUCUCAAACAGAUGAUGAGGAAAAGUCACACCACUUGGAAAAGGAUAGGGUUGAAGUGCGAAGGAUAAAUGCAAUGCAGAACAAGACCAUAUUGAGCAAACUAUGCAGGACCUCUCGAGCCAUAUUCAAAGUCCCGUAA